AUGAAGUUAGCAGUAAUCUUCUUGAGCAUCGCAACCAUACACAAGAGGAAUCCAUUUGAUCUGAUUAUACGCAAUACCUUUAUCCCGCAUAAGCUUGUAUUGAGCUUUGAUAAUACGCUCAACAUCAGCAUUGGAGUUGACUUGAGAAUCUACCUCGAUUACACAUCGAGGGCUGAGUUGGUAAAACGAGUGCUAACGCUGCAAGAAGAACAAUAA